CCGUAGCCUGCGGUGAACUUGACCUAAUAUUCUUCAACGAUCGACACCGGCAAAGUGUCACACGUCUUCCGCCAUUGUUGGUUACAUUUGAGACUCCGUUGGACUUGGACGGUACUCGCAUGUAUGUGAGGAUAUCCUCGGCUACCUCCCAAUCUCCAAGUGGUGGGUUGUGGAAACAACUCGUUCCCCAAACCAACUCCGCUUUCUCUAAAAUGCCUGUCGGGAAGUACUCAUGACAAUCGACCUUUUGGUCAUGUAGUCGAGUACUCCGUAUACAAAUUCCAGUCUCCGGGAUUUGGGAUCCUCUGCUCACCACGUCCAAACCAUCAAGACAAACACUCGAUAUGGCACCACCAUCGACGUACUCGCCCAUCUAUCCCGACCUGAAGGGCAAGGUCGCCUUGAUCACCGGAAUCGGACAAGUACCUCAGGCCAAAGAUUCCGAAAUCUGGGGCAACGGUGCGUCGACGGCACGGUUCCUGGCCCGCAACGGGGUCAAGAUCGUAGGGUGCGAUCUGAACAUCCAAGACGCCGAACGCACCAAAUCCCGUGUCCUGGAGGAGACGCCCGACGCGGACAUUUUCGUUCUGACGGCCAACGCGACCAAGUCAGAUCAAGUCGAACGGCUGGUACAGACCGCCAUGGACAGACACGGUAGGAUCGACAUUCUCAUCAACAACGUCGGAACGUCCAAACCCGGAGGACCGGUUGAGAUGAGCGAGGACGUAAGUUUUGUCUCCGCCGCCUUCUCUCCUCGUUCCAUGCCACGGCCCCAGCCUCGAAGUAGUAGUUUGGAGGAAACCCUCGUACCCUGAGUCCGCACUGAACUGAUGAUGCGUACCCGACGACAGGACUGGCAAUGGCAGUUGGACGUCAACCUCGGCUCGGCGUUCUUGGUCUGCAAGCACGUCUUCCCCAUCAUGGAGCGUCAGGGAUCGGGAGGGGCGGUCACGGUGACCGGGUCGAUCUCCGCCUUCGGGCACCUGGGCAAGAUGCACAUCGGUUACUCGACGACCAAGGCCGCCCUGAUCAACUUUGCCAAAUGUACCGCGGUCCAGUACGCCACCAAAGGAAUCAGGAUCAACUGCGUGAUCCCCGGGUUGAUGCACACUCCCAUGUUGGCCCGGCUGGCCUCGGAGUACAACCAGGGAGAUUAUCAGGGUUUGCUGGACAAACGGGGCAACGGUGUCCCCAUGGGCCGACAGGGUACUUCGAACGACGUCGCCAAUGCGAAUCUGUUCCUCGUCUCGGACGCGGCGAGCUACAUCACCGGUACGAGUCUCGUCGUGGACGGAGGUGUGACCGCGGAGGUUUGUAAUUACGGAUGAGAGAGAAGUAGUCACACACACACAACUACCAAUGUGCAG